AACCCUGAGGUGUUCGUACACCGCAUUGGGCGCACUGCGCGCGCGGGCCGCAGCGGCGCUGCGCUGCUGCUGCUGCUGCCGCACGAAGAUGCAUAUGAAGCAUUUUUGCGAAACCGGAGAGUCCCUUUGUGUCCCUUUGAGGAGACACAAGAGGGGCAGCAGCUGCAGCAAACUGCAGCAGCAGCAGCAGCAGCAGCAGCAGACGCGGAAGCAGCAGCAGACGAGCAGCAGAAGACACGCAACCCCUUCCUGUCCAAGGCAGAAACGGAUGCUGUCAACGACGCAAUGCAACUGGCAGUGCAGCAGGACCAAGCCCUUAUUCAAAAGGGCGCCCGCGCCUUUGUCUCUUUUAUCCGCGCCUACAAGGAGCACCAACUUUCUUUUCUCCUGCCCUAUGCGCAACUGGACCUGGGCAAGCUGGGGACGGCGCUGCGGCUGCUGCGGCUGCCGCGCAUGCGCGAAGUUGUGGGGAAAAGCCUCAAGAGUUUUGUCCAAAGCCCCGUAGACCCUUUAUCAGUUCCUUACAAGUAUGACUUGGAGCGGGAGCAGCAGCGGCAGCAGCAGCUGCAGCAGCUGCGGGCCAAGCGGCAGCAGCAGCAGAAGGAGAAGGAACGGAAGAAGAAGCAGCAGGAAAAGGCCAGCAGCAAACCGGGCGCGCAGAAAAAACAAAAGAGAACCACCAGCGAAAAGAGACGCGCCAAAAAAAGGGCCUUUGGAAGACGCGGAGCUCAGCAGUGCAGCAACAGACACGGACAGCGAGGAGACGGAGACAGAAACAAAAGAAAAAGAACUUUUAAAUUCAAAAAGAAAUAA